AUGGCGGACGACAUCUCACGACACAACGACCGCAUCGAGAUCGAGGUCGAGAAGGAGAACACGGAAAAUCUCGAGCAUGUCACCGAGCAGCAGAAUGGGCUGCCGCACAUCGACCCGGCGCGUCGAGCGGCUGCCGAGAAGAGCCUCAAGCGCAAGCUCGAUGCUCGCUGUAGUCUGUUCGUGCUGAUCUACAUCAUGAACUACCUCGACCGGAACAACAUCUCUGCGGCCCGUCUGAAGGGUCUGCAGGAAGACCUUGGUCUGACCGACACCCAGUACUCGACCUGUUUGAGUAUCUUGUAUGUGGGAUACAUUCUGAUGCAGGUGCCCUCCAACAUGUUCAUCAACCGCAUCUCCCGGCCAUCCAUCUACAUCGCCAUCUCGAUGACCCUGUGGGGUCUGAUCUCGACUUGUUCCGGAAACGCAAAGAACUUUGGCCACAUGGUUGCCAUCCGUUUCUUGCUGGGUUUCGUGGAGGCUGCGUUCCUUCCCGGUGCCCUCCUUAUUCUGUCCAAGUGGUACACUCGCAAGGAGCUGACCACUCGGAAUGCCAUUUUGUUCUGUGGUAACCUCAUCUCCAAUGCCUUCUCCUCGCUGAUUGCUGCCGGUGUCCUGUCCAACAUGGAGGGUGUACUUGGUCAUGCUGCCUGGCGUUGGCUGUUCUGGAUCGAGGGUGCUAUUACCAUGACCAUUGCCGUCUCGGCUGGCUUCAUCCUACCUGAUCUGCCCACCAACGCCCGUGGCUUCACCGAAGACGAGCGUCUUGUGGCGCAGAUCCGUAUCCUGGAGGAUGUUGGUGAGGCCGAUACCGACUCUGAAGAGCAGAGCCCCUUCACUGGUCUCAUUAUGGCCCUGAAGGACUACAAGAUCUACAUCAUGAUGCUGUCUUUCACUGCCUACGUUGUGGGAUUGUCUUUCAACGCUUUCUUCCCCACUCUCACCGGUACCCUCGGAUUCUCCGAGAUCCCUACCCUGCUUUUGAGUGCUCCCCCCAUGGGUCUUCUCCUGUAUCUUCUCCGUCAUCAACGCCUGGCACGCCGAUCGAACCCAGGAAAAGGUCAGUCCCAUCCUCUUUACCAACAUCACUCCGAAUCUCCAACUAACUCAUCCCAGAUCUGGCACAUCUACGGCCCAAUCGUAAUGGGUCUUGUCGGUUUCAUUAUCAGCAUGUCCACCCUAAACGUCGCGGCCCGCUACGUCGCCCUCUUCCUGCAAGCCGGUUCCUACGCGGGAUUUAUCGUGUUCUACUCCUGGAUCAGUUCCUCCUUCCCCCGUCCGCCCGCCAAGCGAGCCGUCGCGUUGGCCCUCAUCAACGCCUUCAGUCAGCUCGGUAACGUCGCCGGCUCAUACGUGUGGGACCUUUCGGAGAACGGCUACCGCAAGAGCUACGGUAUUGUCACUGCCAUGUUCGGCAUCACGAUUGUCGGCUUCUGGCUCUUCCGCAUGAUCCUGGUCAAUCUCAACAACAAGCUUGCUGAGGCCGAAGAGUCGACCGAUGAGUCACAGGCUGGCGACUUUAUUGUUAGUGCCAACGAGUCUUUGUGCAUGCGCAAGGGCUUCAGAUAUCUGGUGUAA